AAUAUACGAAUGCGCAGAGUAAUUUUCCGCAAGUUUCUCUUUUUAUUCUCUUCUCUUUAUUAUCUUUUAAUGUGCUUUAUAUCUAUCGCGGCUAAGAGAACAUAUGUAUAAAGAUGAGAUAAAUUAAAAUUAUCUUGAUAGAAUAUGUGAAAAUUUUGUAUAUGGCUUGUACUCGUAAAUUCAAGAACCUCAACUUUAUCUCUAAAACAAAAUUUAUCGAUCUAUUUAAAUACAUACUAGUUGCAUAGAAUUAAACCUACCAAUGCAAUGGAUAUGUACAAUUUCGUCGUAAAAAAAAUUCUGUUUACGCACGAGACAAAUUUUGGUAAACAUUGCUAGAGAAUCAGGUUAGUUUAUCGUCGCCAAGGGGCUCAACGAAGGAAAGAUUUAUCGCACGAUGGGGGAAAAAUUGUUCUAUGCGUUCUCGAUGCGUUCGUAAAAAAAAUCAUGAAAAGUCAUUUCUUAAUUUCAUAAACGACGCGGCCGCAAUUUAAUCGCGGCCGGGGUGCUAAAGUCGCCAGCUGUUUUUGACGUUUGACCGGCACUGGGCUCGGCGAGCCGAGCGGCGGCGAAGAUUACCGAACGCUUUCCGUCACGCGGCGGUUGAGUCUGAACGCGGUCGCGCAUGGCAGUGUGUGGUGGAGCGCGGUUCGCAACGGAUCGACGAUACUAGUAACCGCAUCGCGGCAAUAGCACACCAACAACAAGAGGGAGGAGGAAGAAGAGAGCGAGAAGGACAGAGACAGAUAGAAGCGAGGAUACACAUACACGAUCGUAAAAGUCUGCCGAGAUAGCUCGCGCCGCCUCGAAAAUAGAACGACGUAUCGCCGCAACGUAUCGUGAAUACAGCAACGUACGAAACGAACAUUGGCGACACGCGCGUGAACGGCACCGCUCGUGAAACAUGUACACGACGAAAAUAAUUCGGGAUCGUGCGGUAGAGUGGCGAAAAGUUUAAGGAAAGUAGUGCAGCGGUGCGUGUAGUAGGUCGGUGGCGAUAGUAGUCUGUAGUAGCAGCGGUGACGACGACGACGACGGCGACGGCGACGACGAUACAGACGUGAUAGUUCUGGUGUUGAUGGUAGUAGUAAACGGUAACAGUAAUAGCGACGGUGCUUCGAUGACCGUACUUCGGUGUUGGUUCGCGCAGUGGUAGAGGAGAGGAGCGGCGUUGUGUAUUGGCCCAGUGGUGGUGUGCGCGCGUGUUGGUGCGACACACACACAUACACACUUGGUCGGCGGGGCCGCGUCUCGUCGCCGUCGUCGCCGUCUCGCUCCGUCCUAUUGUCGCGCGUCGUCAUCGGGCGGCGCGGUCGUCGUCUCGCUCAGCGGCGGCUCCCGUUCCCGCACCCUCCGCGGCGCGCAUCCCGCCGUCAUCGUCGUCGCUCCUCUCAGUCGCUCUCGCCGGAGGCCACCGCACCGAAGGCGUCCGCGCGACGAGCCAGGCAAGCCGCUACGCAAGAUGGCUGUGUGUCGCUGACGAGGGGGCCGACAAACCGGACAGGGGUACAGACAGCCCGUGGAUAUAAGCGGAACAUGCGGCUACGCGAUCGUCGGGCCCGUCCCUGAAGAGAGAGACACUGGCCAAGAAGCGAGAGAUAGAUUGAAGAACUACGGAUCCCUGAAAUAGUCCCAAAAUCGGUGGAUUGUUUCGAAACAUUUAAUAUAACCGAAUGAUAAGAACGGGGCAGCAACGAGCGACAAGAGUUCUCAGCCACGGCAGCUGAGACUGGAGAAGAGAAAAGACCGUUCUCUCAAGACGGUUCAAUCGGUAAAUCCUAAGAAAAUUGUUUGUUUUCAAGACAAAUUUAUUGAAAAAUUUAGUGAGAAAGUGAAAACGGAAAGCGGCCACUUGCAUUUACGUGACGAUAUCUGGUGACAACUUUUUUGAGAAUCACUGACUUAAACUGACGUGGACGCAGGACGAAGAGGUGGCUCUAAAAUAUUCAUGAUCGUUGGCCUUACUUUUCGUGUUCUCUGCGAUAUUUUUUGUCGCUAUGGCGAUUUUGUACAUUGUUGACGAGGGAAUGUAUGACAUGUUCAUCCAAACACAGCAGACGAGUAGCGUCAACGGCAGCAGCAGCAGCAGCAGCAGCAGCAGCAGCAGCAACAACACCGUUCACCACCACAGCAAGAAACGCAAGUUGGACUACAACGUGAGCCAGCCGGUAAUCCAGCACGCAUUGGUCCAAUCGACCAGCGACUACCAAUUGGACAAUACCGGUCUGCAACAACGAUACUCCGUGAACGGUGCUAAUACCGCAUUUAGCUCGCUGCACAACAAUAAUGCGCUGCAGAAGAGUAGUCCGAACCAGCAGACCCUGGUACGAGCCUCGACGAUCAAGCUCUUAGACACGUACCAACGCUGUGGCCAGAAGAGAAAAACUUGGUCGAGGGAGGGUAAUGGUGACGGCCUGGCAGUCCACUCCGCCAACGCGACGAAUGCGGUGGGUAGUACUGUAGUGUCGCAGCACCAUACCCAACAGCAACAACAGCAGCUGCAACAACAACAGCAGCAGCAGCAGCAGCAACAGCACAACAAGCAGACGAGCAUGACGGCGCAUAGCAAGCAAGUGGCCAACGCGGCCAAUGGGAACGGUGGCAGCAAUCCCCAAGGCGACGGGGAUUAUCAUUUGGUGCAGCAUGAAGUCCUCUACUCCAUGACCAACCAGUACGAAGUCCUCGAGUUUCUCGGCAGGGGUACUUUCGGACAGGUUGUAAAAUGUUGGAAAAAAGGAACAAACGAAAUAGUAGCCAUCAAAAUUCUAAAGAACCAUCCAUCGUACGCGCGCCAGGGUCAGAUUGAGGUCUCCAUCCUGUCUCGACUUAGUCAGGAAAAUGCGGAUGAGUUCAAUUUCGUGCGCGCCUAUGAGUGCUUCCAACACAAGUCACACACCUGCUUGGUAUUUGAAAUGUUGGAGCAGAACCUCUACGAUUUCUUGAAGCAGAAUAAAUUCUCACCUCUACCCCUCAAAUACAUCAGGCCCAUUCUCCAACAAGUAUUGACCGCGCUGUUAAAAUUAAAGCAAUUAGGAUUGAUACAUGCUGAUUUGAAACCGGAGAACAUUAUGCUAGUGGAUCCAAUGCGUCAACCGUAUCGAGUGAAGGUCAUCGAUUUCGGAUCAGCUUCGCAUGUGUCUAAAGCCGUUUGUAACACCUACCUGCAGUCGCGAUACUACCGCGCGCCCGAGAUCAUACUGGGACUUCCAUAUUGUGAAGCGAUAGAUAUGUGGUCGCUCGGAUGUGUAGUUGCAGAGUUGUUUUUGGGAUGGCCUUUAUAUCCGGGCAGUUCCGAGUAUGAUCAAAUUCGAUAUAUAAGUCAAACGCAGGGCCUACCGACGGAGCAUAUGUUAAACAACGCCAGCAAAACAACAAAAUUCUUUUACCGGGACAUGGACAGCACAUAUCCAUUUUGGCGGUUAAAGACACCAGAAGAACACGAAGCGGAGACUGGUAUCAAAUCCAAGGAAGCGAGAAAAUAUAUUUUUAAUUGCCUUGACGAUAUCGGUCAAGUUAAUGUACCGACUGAUUUAGAUGGCGGUCAACUCUUGCCAGAGAAAGCGGACAGAAGAGAGUUCAUUGACCUCUUAAAGAGGAUGCUUACAAUGGACCAGGUAGAGCGCCGUAUAACACCCGGCGAGGCACUGAACCACGCGUUUGUCACUCUGGCACAUUUAGUUGAUUACGCGCACUGUAACAACGUCAAAGCUUCCGUCCAGAUGAUGGAGGUUUGUAGGCGCGCGGGAGACUUUACAGCGAGUCCUGCACAUCAUCAAGCUCCGCCGGCACCUCAACCACCUCCACCAACGUCUUUAGUAGCCAAUUUUGUACCUACCACGAAUGGCAGUGCAGUGACUCUUACCUUCAACAAUCAAUUGACUAAUCAAGUGCAACGAUUAGUCAGAGAGCACCGCACCGCGCAAACAGGAUACGACAAUCUAUAUCAAAUAUAUAGUAACACCAGUAGACGGGCAACACAGUACAGCGGGUCGUCUAGCGGAUCCAAUAGCGGGCGAAAUGGCGUGCACGACUUUCCGCAUCAACUGGUACCUAGUAUAUUGUGUCCACCCCCCGGAUAUCAGACGAUGCCAAGUCCUGCAAAGCACGUAGUUGUUGCUCAGCCACCGCAACCGCAACAGGCCCCUUUGCAAAUUCAACCGUCGAUCAUAUCGCAGCAAGCCGUGGCCGCGGCAGCUGCAGCUGCUCAACAACAAUACGCUGCGGUUCCUGUGUCUAUGGUCGAAACUGGUCGGCAAAUGUUGCUUACUAAUGCUGUGCAGACAUCUUGGCCUGGUGGAAGUCGUCAAAUGGCUGCGAUCGUACCAUCGUGGCAGCAAUUACCGCCGCAGCAUGCAGCUAUUCAACAACCACUGCUCAGCGAUGCCGGUGAUUGGGGAAGGCCUCUUAUCGUCGAUAGUUCUGCUAUUCUACAGCGGCCGGUAUUUCCUGUCACGGAGGUUUACAAUGCUAGUGCACUCGUCGAGCAUCCUUCGCAAAGCUGGGGCAAGCGUACUGUCACUAAACAUCAUCAUCAUGUUACGGUACCACAGCAGACUCAACAUAGACAUGAACAUAAAAAAGAGACGCAACAAUUGAGUCCGGUGAAGAAGAGAGUUAAAGAGAGCACACCACCUAGUAGCAUGCGACGACACUCGCCGACGACGUCGAGCAGCCAUUGGCAGGAGCAGCCAGUGCAAUCCCAUCAUCAUAGUAGCAAGCACAGCAGUAGUAGUCACAAUGUGGAGCAUCAACCAAUCGCAUCCGUGCGACAGCAGACCAUUACAAUCGAUGACACUCCUUCACCAGCCGUUUCCGUUAUCACAAUUAGUGAUAGUGAAGAUGAGGCGCCUGGAAAAUGCUGCGGAGACCGUCAGUGCAGCGCCUGUCAAAGUUUGGCAACUCGCCUGUCGGGCGACGGACGUCCUGUCCGUGAAGAAGUCAUACGAAGCACUCAAUCGACGCCGCGCGUUGUACAAAUGCAGCAGUCAACACACACGAGUAGUCAGCAACACACGAACGGGCACGUUACGCAUAGCAGCAGCUCGUCGUCACAUCGAGCGCAACGCAAGAAUGUCAUCAGCUGUGUCACUGUUGGCGAUAGCGACGGCGAAGCUAGUCCAAGCCGUACACAUGCUCAUUUGUAUCAACAUCUACCGCAACACCCGCAGCAUCAACAGACCACGCAGUUGAUCAAGCACGAGCCGCAACAGCAACAUCACGUUAGCAGCAGUAGCUCAGGAUACUCUUCUCAGUCACAAAAAAAGCGGCUGUUGGCGAAGGUGCAGUCCGAAUGCAACAUGGUGAACGUUGCGACGAAACCGGAACCCGGUGUCGAGUAUCUUGCUCCACAUCCGUGUCACGCGCCAGCUUGCAAAGAACCACCGACCUAUCAGGAUGACGUCUAUGACAUGCAUGACCACUUCUUGCAGUAUGUGACCACGAGUAGUGCGCAUCCUCAUCUCCAAGAGCAGCAUAUCGUGUAUACGACUGGCACGGACAAACGAGUAUCCUGGCCCGGAAAGCGUGCUGAAUACAAGCAUGAAUAUGUUCAACCACCGGCUGCACAUUCUCGAGACCAUCAAAAGUGGGUAGUAGCCAAUCCUGUGCAUCAAUAUAGGCAGAGCCAAGUAGUAGGUACGGCAGCCCAUCCGGGUCAUACCCACAGUCAUCACGGGCAUCCGGCUCAUCUGAGUCCAGGCGGCAGUGGCGGUGGCAGAAGUCCCGCCGGUGGGCCUGUGAUAGGAAGUGCCCAGCAUUUGGGACAACCUCUCUAUCAAGAAUACGCUCACGUUCGCUCGAGAGCUCAUGCGGUGCCGCCUCCUGUGUACGUUACCGCCGCGCCCUCGCAGGCUGCUACUGCUAUUCAGCAGCAACAAGUGCCCACCUAUCAGGGAUUCACACCCGGCUCGUCUCCAUUAACGUUGUAUGAUUCUAGUCGAGCGUUGCCACCGCCAGCUCAUCACAGCUCGGCCAGACCAUUACUGGCAAGUCACGCAGCACAUCCGUUGCCUGCGCAUAUGCAGCCUACAGCUGUUUAUGGAUUGGCCCCGCUAUCGCCAGCCAAACAUCAAUAUCAACCUUCCGGUUUAUGGUUCACCGAAUAAAUUAUUUGGUAUCGAGUCGUGGAUAAGAAUCGUACGAGCGAACGUAAUAAGUAAUCGCACGAAUUUUCUGGGAACUUACGAGCCGCUUGUGCCAAUCAGCGAAUGCGUAAUCGAUUAAAUAUAACGGAGAAAAAGGUAUGUCGUGCACAUUUUUCACAUUUUUGUGCACUUGGCCAGUAAGUGGAACGGGGUGGGAGCGUCCGAACUGUUGCAAUUUGUGAAUACGAAUCGAUAUUGUGCAUACACUUAUACAGGAAUUUACGAUCGAGCAAGUUUGCCGAAUGAAAAGCAGCAGAGAGCAGUAGAGAUGUGUUUAAAGAUAAAAUUUUUGACAAUCCGUCCUAUAUAUAUAUAUAUAUACAUAUAUAUACAUAUACAUAUAUAUAAGCAGCGACCACUCCCUUCCGACCCCCGCUCUCUCAUAGGAAGCGAAACGCUAAGAGAUCAAUGUAAUUAGAUCUCUUUAUAUAUGUUUGUUACGCCUCUUAUGUGUUUGAAACAAUCCAAUCGCGUCUCAUUGCGACAAUUUCAUAAGGAGAUUAGAAAAGAAAAGGAUUAUCAUCUUUGGACAAGCGAUUUUAUGUAAACAAAAAUCUCAUUACAAUUUUUCUUUUCUUUUUCUUUGUUCAAUUCAAAGAGACAUAUAUUUCGGCGUAUGCGGCAUGCUGUAUAAAUUUCGUAAGUUUCCAGAGAUGCCGAAGUUUUAUUACGAAAGGUAAGGUUUAUAAGGACAUUGUGUGUACAGACCAAAAUUUUCUAUCGAGAUGCCCGGAUCUAUUUAACGCUCACAUGUGCAUAGUUUCUCUCUCUAUUGUAAAUAUAUAUAUAUAUAUACAUAUAUAGAACUGGCAUGUAACUUAAAUAGAUUUGGAACAUCAAUAUUGAUGAUAGAAAUAUGCACGUGGAAUGGUAUUGCCGAGUCACGUGUAAAACUGUCAAACAAAUACCGUUCAUAUGCGAUUUAUAUUUGCGAUUUAAUUUAAAGUACGAAUGAGUAUGCAUUUCUUUACGAUAUGUCAAAAAAAUGUCGCGCGCGCGAGUAUCUUAUUUUUAAUCUCCCUUAACAGAAUCAUUUUAACGAACUUUAUAUUUCUUUCGAUCGUUGCAAUAGCGAUCGCGAUUUUGUUGUUCGUGGGAUUUUUGAUUGUAUUAAGAAUUUCGCUAUGGGAUAUAGUGUGCUAUAAUCUUUUAUGAUAUUUUAUUCAUAACGGAUACUCAAGACUAACGAGAUAAUCACAUUAUUUUUCAUAGUUUGCAGCGUGUUACUCACAAAGUAUACGUUAACAUGUACAUAUAUUAUUUAGUUAUACUAAAUAUUCGAAAUUUCAGGUAGAUAUAGAUUCGAGUAUAUAGAAAAUUAUUCGGGUUGUCGUAAGUAUAGUCGUAUGAGGAGUACUCGUCAAAAAAAUAAUACACAAGAAAUUUAGAAUCAAGCCACGAAUCUAUUAAGAUGAUUGCACGACAUCCGAAUUGACGAAAGCUUUGACGUGCCUUUUUUGGAACAGUCCUAUUAUUUAUUUUAUUUUUAUGUUAUUAUUUUCAAUCAUUUUUUCCAUCGUCACCGUCAUUUUCAUCGCUAUAGUUUCAUUAUCAUUCCCAUUAUCGUUGCUACAUCAUUGUUCUCAUGCCUAAUAUUUUGUUAUAAAUCUAAAUUGUAUAAAUAGUAUGUUACGGGCAAUCUGCCUUAAGUUUAUGGUCUAAAAAGCGAAAUAGAGUGACCACAGUUUUGAAGGAUUCAUGAAUUGUAUAUAGGUUUAAUGAUUUCUCGUUAAUAUUUCUUUUUCCAAUAAUCCUUUGCAUUUUGGUGGAGGCUGUAUUAAAAAAAAAAAAAAAUGUACGCAUCAAGUACAUUGCACAAGUCAGUGAGAAGCAGAAAAAGGAAUGAUAUUUGGAGAAAGCGUUUCUGUUUUCGGAGUAGAGCCGAGAAAUUUUUUUCGAAUGUUGUGAAGGAGAGAGAAAGGCAGUAACACAUCCUAUAUAAAAGAGAAAUGCCAAACAGCAAUAAAAUAUAAUAAUGGGUCUUAUAUUAAAGAAUUUCUCGCGGAUAUCACAAAUCGUAUAUUACAUACAUUUCCGCGUACAUAGAUUUUUUUUUU